UCAUAUGUCGAACAAUCGUUUACGAAGACAUUCAAGUGUUUCUCAAUUGUUUUACAAUAAUAACCCUUUGACCAAUGACGGCAAAAUGACGGUAAGAUCAAAGCGACAAAAUAACUCCAAAGAUUGCCCAUUCGAAUUUAUUUAUAUGAAACCACAAAAUGAUGAAGUAAUGGUAUUUAAUGAGCCAAAUUUCGAUCAAACUGAAGCAACUUAUCCUUCUGAAAUCAAUUCGCCAAAAAAUGCUUCGUGCAAUUCUUCUCCGCAAAAUAAUGCAAGUCCCCAAUCAAAUCCGAAUCCAAACUAUCCGAAUUCAAUUCAACAGUCACCGUCAUACGCUCAAUCUUCGCAACAAGCACCUGCAAGACAAAGUUGUGGAGCAAAUCCGCCCAAUGUAACACCGUCACCAAUGGUUACAACAACCACAACUCCACUCAACGCUCCUUCUAAUAGCUAUCAAUGUUCAGCAAAAACUAUACCUUCGUCGUCAAGUCAACCCAAUGUUAAUCCGGCAGUUCAACAACCACCGACAAAUGUAGUUUUUCAACCUGUACCAAUAAAACCAAGCUGUAAUUUAAAUCCGAUAAAUGCGACACCCCCACCAAAUUUUCUACCGACUGCAGCCCCAGUAAAAGCUAUACCGUCGUCAUCAAGUCAACCCAAUGUUAGCCCACCUGCUCCAGUUCAACAAACAAAUACACAACCACAAGUUUUCAAACCUGUACCGAUAGUACCAAGCUGUAAAGCCAAUCCGACGAAUUUGACACCGCAACCAAUAUCUGCAGCACCAAUAAACGCUCCUCAACGUAAUUGUCAAUGUCCUCUGAAGACUUUACCACCAAUUCAACCAGUUAAUAGUCCAUCUACUGCGGUUCAACAAUCACCGUCAAAUAUACAAAAUACACCGCCGCAGUAUGUGCAAAUUUCACAACAAGCACCCGGUCGGCCAAGUUCUGGAUUAAAUCCGAUAAAUGUGUCUCCGUCACAAAUUGUUACAACUCCUCGGCGUAUUUGUAAUUGCCCAGCAAAGCCCUCUCCACCAAGUCAACUUAAUGCCAAUCCAUCUACUUCGGCUCAACAAACACCGUCAAAUGUACAAAAUCCACCCCCUCAGUAUGUGCAAUCUUCACAACAAGCACCCGGACGUCCAAGCUGUAAUUCAAAUCCGGCGAAUGGGACGCCACUCCUCCCCGCUCCAGUGAACACAGCGUCAGGACAGUAUCAAUGUGCAGCAAAGGCUCCACCAGUAAAUCAACCCAAUGCGAAUCCAUCUCCUUCUAAUCAACAACCACCGACAAAUGUAGUUUUUCAACCUGUACCAUUGAAACCAAUUUGUAAUUCAGCAUCACCGCCAAGUGAAGCGCCAAUACGACAAUAUCUACCAGCGCCAGUAAGUCCUGCUGGCCAAACGACAUCAUCGCCCUUACCACUUGACAACAAUCCAAAUAGACGAUGUGGAUUUUGUAUUAAAAAUGCAUUCAUUUUUAUGGGAUUUCAGCCAAAAGAUGUUGAAGUGAUAAAAAAAGCAUUGACAAAUUUCGACGAAGGCGAUGACGACGUUGCUGAACCGAAUGAGAAUACAGAUUGUAUGCAAAAUGUUGUACGAAUUUCAAGAAAAGAUGGCGAUGGCAAUGAUGGUACUGAACAAAAAAUGGAAAAGUAUCGAGACGUAGAAGAAAAAGAAGAAGAAGAAGGCGAUUGUGUUGAAGAUCCCGACUCACCGACCACUGAAUGCCAAACAAAAGAAGAUUUAGUCAAAGCAUGCCACGAUCUCUCGCAAACAAUUUCAAGAUAUCGCAAAUCCACAAAAUAAUCGAUUUUUAUUUUAAUAUUUAUUAUAUAUUUAUUUAUUUUUCUAGUUUUAAUUUAGCCAAUUCCAUUUUAACAUUUACAUUCCAUCCAUUUCAGUCUAAUCAUACAUUUUGUU